UCAUUCCCCUUCUCUUCAUUGCUCAAUUGCAUCUUCUCUUGUUCAUUGAUCUCAGAUUUUUCAGGCUACAAUGGGUGUUUUUACUAAUAAAAUGGAGGUCACCACAAAGAUCCCCCCAGCUCGGAUGUUCAGGGCCCUUGUCUUUGAUUAUGAAAAUCUCAUCCCCAAGAUUAUUGCUCCAAAGGCCAUUCAAAAUGUUGAGCACAUUGAAGGAGAUGGAGGCCCCGGAAGCAUUAAAAAGAUCACCAUUGGAGAAGAAAGCCAAGUCAAGUAUGUGAAGUUCAAGAUUGAAGCAAUCGACGAGAAAGGCUUCUCAUUCAACUAUAGUCUCAUAGAAGGUGAUGCUCUGACGAACAAUCUCGAGAAAAUCUCUCAUGAUAUCAAGUUUAUGGCAGCUCCAGAUGGAGGUUCCAUUUGCAAGAUCAGCAUCAGCAACCAUUAUACCAUUGGUGACAUUUAUAUCAAGGAAGAAGAUAUCAAAGCGGAGAGAGAAAGGGCCUUGGGACUCUUCAAGGCCGUUGAGGCCUACCUCCUCGCAAACCGUGGAGAUUGUAAGAUUAAAGUUAAUUAGGUCUUUAUUUGGCUUGUCUAGAGCAGUUUGCCCUGCUAUACAAAUAUAGAAAUAUACAGAUAAUGACAGAAGGGUUUGUUGCCACUUUGUUCUUCCUGAUACUUUGUUUAAAUUUUCCAUCAAAAAGAAAAAUAUUUUGUUUAAAUUAAUAAAUAUUUUCUUUCUUU